AUGUCGCGCAUUCAGAUCCCACUCGAGGCCAUCACCUCUCGCAUCAAUUUUGGUGAGCGGUUCUCCGGCUUUGGUUCGGGUCCUCUCACCAGCCGGUUUAACAACCUGCGCCCUGUUGGCGAGUUCCUCGACUUCAAGCGCCUAACCAAGCCUGCCAACUUCUCCGAAGCCCAGUCGCGUGUCAACUACAACCUGAGCCACUUCUCGAGCAACUAUGCCGUCGUCUUUGCGAUGCUGAGCAUCUAUGCUCUUAUCUCCAACCCUCUGCUGCUUUUUGUCAUCAUCCUGAGCGUCGCUGGCAUGUACCUGAUCGGCAUGCUCGACGGUCGAGAUCUUAUCAUUGGCAGCUUCAAGGCCACCUCUUCCCAGCUCUACACGGGUCUGCUGAUUGUCACCGUUCCUCUCGGUCUGAUCGCAUCGCCUAUCACAACAGUGCUGUGGCUCAUUGGUGCUUCUGGCGUGACCAUUCUCGCUCCCGAAUUCGCGCCCCAAUGGGGAAGACCAUCGAGGCGCAGUCGGAGGAGAACGGACGGGGACGCUGCGUCGCACGGACUCUGGGGAGGUGACUCCAGAGUGCGUGAACUAGGUUCGGACGAGGACGAUGACACGGAUUCUCAGGGCGUAGGUCUCACAAGACGCGGCACGCGUUUUGUGAGUGACUCUUUGAAAUUUACGGGGACAGACUUGGGGGAUAGACGGAGUGGACUUUCACGGCGGAUUCCACAAGGUGAUGACGACGAUACGGAAAGCGAGGAAGAUGACGAAGACGACUACGAUCUGGCUCUGCUGACUCCCGAACAAAAGGAGGAGGCUCUGGUGCAGACGGCUAUGGCACGAAUUGAAAGAGCUCAGGCCCGGGGCAGAUCGGACGUAAGCUUGACAAAGGACGAGCUUGCUGCUCUGGAGCGACGGAAGCAGAGAAUGGAGGAGGAAGCCAACAAAAGGAAGCGCAAGAAGAGCAGAAAACAACAGCGUGUGGCAAUCCCUCUGACGAAUCUGGAGCCGGUGUCGCGCAAGAAGAAGUCGCCGCCAGUGGCUUUGGAGGGAUCACCGCACGAUAUGCUAGAGGCCUCGGAUAGACAAGGGUACCCACCUGUUGGGUACUUUCCACCGCCUUCCGGGCGCUCUCGGCCAAGAUCUGGAACCACGCUCUCAUCACGGCCUCCCAGUCGAGCGCACGAUGAUCGACCGGACUCGCCUUUCCAGUACGAAUACGUCCAGCGUCCCUCCUCCUCAGUCGGACGGCACGUGUCGGACGUGAUGCCUCGACCACUUUCCUCGCGGGGUCAUCAGUACGAUAAUGGAUCAUCCACAUCUCUCAAUUCGGCCAGUCGCAAUCAGCUUGACCCUUUCAUGUUCCAAACUGCAGGACCGCGUGCGCCCUACCCUGGUGGCGCUGCGGCUGCUUCGAGGAGACAUGUCUCGGGGCCAGCGGAUGGGCUGUACAUGUCUCGGCGUGACGAGGGAAGGUCCAGUCGCAAUAGCCUUAGGUCGGUCUACGGCGAGAGUAGCGAGGAGAGUGAGCCUAGCGAGAGCGCCAGCGACGAGCUCAACAACGGAGCGCGUAUUCGGGAGCCAGCGCGAGGGGGCAGAUCGGAGAUCGUGGUGCAGCCUGACCCGGAGCCAGAAGUGGCGCCCAAGAAGAAGUCGUCAGAGUCGUCCAAGCGCAAGCCUGUGCCGAGUUCAAGUUCAGGAAGAGGGGGGAGGAGGAAAAAGAAGUAA